ACCCUGCUGGUUCCGCCCGCCCGCGUCUCCUGCGUCCUUCCUGGCCUAGGCGCUCGGUGACAUUGAGCCGCCGCCGCCGCAGUUUGAGGUGCCGUGCUGGUCGGCGGAGUAGGUGGCCAUGGGGAGCCUCCGCGGUCUGCGCGUGGCGGCGGGAAGUUGUUUUAGGUUAUAUGAAAGAGAUGCUCUGUCAUCCCUAAGGCUUACCAGAAACUCUGAUUUGAAGAGAAUAAAUGGAUUUUGCACCAAAUCACAAGAAAGUCCCAAAGCUCCAUCCCACAUUUACAGCCACAGAGUGCCAUUACACAAACCUACAGAUUGGGAGAAGAAGAUCCUGAUAUGGGCAGGUCGCUUCAAAAAGGAAGAUGAAAUCCCAGAGACUAUCUCGUUUGAGAUGCUUGAUGCUGCAAAGAACAAGGUCCGGGUGAAGAUCUGCUAUGUCAUGAUUGCCCUGACAGUGGCAGGAUGCAUCUUGAUGAUUAUUGAGGGCAAGAAGGCUGUCCAAAGAAACGAGUCUUUAACAAGCUUGAACUUACAAAAGAAAGCUCGUCUGAGAGAGGAAGCAGCUAUGAAGGCCAAAACAGAAUAGAAGGGGUAUCCAUGUUGGCUGGAAUUUGAAAAUCCAGGAAUAAUGUUCCAGCAACAAGCCUGUUCUAUAAAGAAUGUGGAAUGAGGAUCCAUUGCACAAAAUUCUGGUUUUCACAAACUUAUACCAUCUCCCUGUUUCUGCUCUAGAAGUACAAAUAAAUUUUCUUAAAGAA